AUGGCGAUCCAGCAGCGCCAGGUCGACGCCGUCAGCGUUUUCGGGCUGAUGAUUACCAGCCUGCUGGCGAGGAUCCGCCUGCAGUUCAAGCAGAUGUCAGAAACGGUGGAUCAGAACUGGUACAUGCUCGAGUCAGUCAACCAGAAGUGCAACUUCAUCGAGCGUCGCCUCAUGGGCCUGGAAGUCGGCCUCUGCGAGUGGCGAGGUGAGCUCCUGGCCCGUCUGACGGCGUCGGAAACCGUCUUGGGGGCCCCUGGGCCGACUUGGGGCCUUUUUGGGGUGCUCCAGGGCCGUCUUGGAGGCUUCCGUGGGCAUUUUGGAGGCCUCUUGGGCCGUCUCGCGGCCCUCUUGGGGGCGUUUUGGGUGCCUUUUGGGCAGUCCUGA